AUGGCUACUCUCGACGCCUUGAAAUCUGCUCUUAGACAGAAAGCUGCGGCAAUAGACUUGUCUACUACGCAGCCGCUGUCCCACGCGCAGUACAGCUCUGGCUUCGACAUCUUGGUGCAGAGCUCGGGGUGGUCUAUUUACGAAGACUUCAUUAUCCCCCAACUGGCUCUGCUGCUAGCCCCCCUCUCCCAAUCGCCUAUCCAGCUUUCGGUGCUGGAAAUUGGACCCGGUCCGAAGAGCAUACUCGGGUAUCUACCUGAUGAUGUGAGGCGCAAGAUCAAGAGAUACACUGCAUUCGAGCCAAACAACUUGUUCGCUACAAGGUUGCAAGAAUGGAUUUCCUCGACCUCGGACAUGGAGUCCUCGUUGCCAUGUCUGGAGACCCCGCCUGACAUUCACCGAGCCCCGUUCGUUCUAGACGGAAGCACCAGCACCGCUACGAGUGAUAGCAACGAAAAGUUCGACGUCAUUCUAUUCUGCCACAGCAUGUACGGCAUGAAACCCAAGCGCAGAUACACCGAACGGGCGCUAGAAAUGCUUGUUGAGCGGCCAGAAAGCGGCAUGGUGGUGGUUUUCCAUCGCAACGGGACUCUACAGCUGGACGGCUUGGUGUGUCAUCGAACAGCUUCUUUCCCUGAAGGGGUCAUUCGCGUGGCAGACGAUGAUGAGGCACUGGAUCAUUUUUCUCCUUUCGUUGCGGGUUUUGUUAUGAAGGACGUGGACGUGGACACGGCUGUUCGGACUGGGUGGCGUGAAGCCUGUCGUGCCCUUGGCCGUCGUGAGGAAGCCCACCCAGACCAUCUCUUGUUCAGCGCACCCGACUUCAUGGCGGCAUUUACUCGACAUGCAACCGCAUUGCCGGAGCUGACAGCGCAAGUCCCAUUGGCGGAAGUGAAUAGGACGGUCAAAAACCGGGAGGCUUGCUUCCACCAUCCCGCCUCGAUUGUUAGACCGACCGAUGUUCGACAGGUCCAGCAGUGCGUCCGAUGGGCCUUGAAGCACGGAGUCGGCCUGACAGUUAUUGGAGGGGGUCAUAGUGGACAUUGUCUCUGGCCUAAUGUUGUCUCGGUUGACAUGAGCGCCUUUGAUCGAGUACACAUUCUCACAGCCGAGGACGCGGGAGGAAGAUCUGGGGCCAAUCUCAAUUCCUUGGUCGUCGCCGAGGCCGGUUGCAAGACGGGAGAUAUCGUCCACAAGACCAUGGAUGCGGGUUUGACAGUUCCCCUAGGCGCCCGCCCAAGUGUAGGCGCUGGCCUGUGGCUACAAGGCGGCAUCGGGCAUCUGGCGAGGCUUCACGGGCUCGCGUGCGACGCCAUUGUCGGUGCCGUGGUAGUCAGUGUCGACUCUGGCCAGAUCCUAUGCGUCGGAUGUGUACCAGGCCAACACCAACCUCUCGAUGCUGUUCGCCCAGAAAACGAAUCCGAAUUAUUGUGGGCAAUAAAAGGUGCCGGGACCAACUUUGGCAUCGUGGUCAGUGUCACUUUCAAGGCCUGGGCAGCCCCAACCUAUUCGGUUCGGAACUGGAUUGUUCCACUGAGCGACGGCGUCGAGGCACGGCUCAAGCUCAGCUAUUUUGAGAAAUCCGUCGCCGGGAAGCUCCCCCGGAACUGUUCUGCAGAUGCGUAUCUAUACUGGGAUAGAGGCCAGCUGCAUCUCGGUGUGACUAUGCUCGAAGCUUCCACAACUGGACUUGCUGGAGCGCCGACGCCCCCUCCUACGCCCAUAAGCGCAUUUCUGGGACCAGAAGACAGUUUCAAGACUGUGGACGGCGUCGGUUUAUUCGACACCGAAAUGUACAUGUCCCAGAUGCAUGGCGGACACGGCAGCGGCAAGACCUCCUCGUUCAAGCGAUGUGUAUUCUUGAAAGAUAUCGGAGCAGUGAUCGUCGCCGACAAGUUGAUAGCGGCUGUCGAGACUCGUCCCUCAUCACUCUGCUAUCUCCAUAUUCUGCACGGCGGAGGAGCGGUCAGCGAUGCGGCGGCCGCUGAUACCGCUUUUGGCUGUCGAGACUGGGACUUUGCCUGUGUGGUAACCGGUGUGUGGCCCCGCGACCAAGAUGGAACCGAAACCGCUCGGUCUGCCGUACGCUGGGUUUACAACGUCGUCAAGAACCUGUUGCCCCUGGGUAACGGAGCUUACGGCGCCGACCUCGGGCCGGACCCCCGGGACGCCGAGCUCGCGGCCUCGGCUUUUGGCCCGAACCGGCCCCGCCUGGCCCGUCUUAAGCGCCGGUUGGAUCCACGCAAUGUGCUGGCUUACGCCUGUCCGAUCCCGACAGCGCCGGUAGAACAGAAACUCGUCGUUCUCGUCACGGGCGAAUGCGGCGCCGGCAAGGACUAUUGCGCCGAUGUCUGGGUCUCCGUGUUCGCCACAUGGUUUCAUAAAAGUCUCACGGCACGUGUUGUCAGUAUCAGCGAUGCAACCAAGCGAGAGUACGCAGCGGCUACCGGGGCCGAUCUCAACCUCCUGCUUGGGGACCGGGCCUACAAGGAGAAACACCGGCCAGCGUUGACAUCCUUUUUCCAGGACCAGGUGCGACAACGACCUCGGCUACCUGAGGAGCAUUUUCUGAAGGUGGUGAAUAGCGCCGUGGGUGUGGAUGUGCUGCUAGUUACCGGCAUGAGGGAUGAGGCGCCGGUUGCAGCUUUCUCGCAUUUGGUGCCAGAUAGCAGACUCAUUGAGGUUCGCGUCAAAGCUAGCGAAGAGACGCGGCGAGUUCGCCGAGGGAGUCCCGGUAGUGAUGGCAACAGCAACAAUGGCAGGUCGGAUUCAACGGCCUCGGACUACCACCCCAGUCUCGUAUUCGAAAAUGACCAGCCAGGAAGUGAGGCUGCAAAACGGUUUGCCGAACAACACCUGCUUCCCCUCCUCCACCAGGAUCUGCAACAACUGGCCAAGAUGGUGCCUCUGGUACCCAACUUUCCACGCCCUGGCAUCGAGUUCCGCCACGUGCUCAAUAUCUCUCAGCAGCCAGGUGGGCUGGCGCUGUGCACAUCUCUGCUCCAAAGCCACUUCGCCGGUAACUGGGCUGAAGUCGGUGUAGUAGCGUGUUGCGAGGCUGGCGGCUUUGUCUUUGCGUCUGCGUUAGCCUCGCGGGUCGAUGUGCCUUUGGUGCUAAUCCGCGAAGCUAGCAAGCUCCCCCCACCUACCGUUUCUAUCAUCAAGUCCCCGUCGCAUAUUUCGUCUUCGGCAUCCAACAAUGCAGGAGAGAAGAGGAUCGAGAUGGCUCGGGAUGUGGUCCCCAGGGGUGCGCCAGUGGUGGUGGUGGACGAUGUACUUGCCUCGGGAGAGACUCUCUGUGCGGUGCUUCGCCUUUUGGAUGAAGCUAGUAUCAGCACCCGGCAUGUCAGCGUUAUGGUUGUCGCCGAGUUUCCUUUUCACCGUGGCCGGGAACUAUUGCGCAGUCGUGGGUUUGGCAGCGUUAAUAUACAAAGCCUUUUAGUCUUUGGAGGUACUUGA